ACAAAUUCAGUUUUAGUCAAACCACUGAGAAGAAAAGAACAUUGUGCAUAGUGAUUUUUCUGUAGUGUCCCAAUCUGUGUAAAUUGACGUGUCAGUGAAUUUUAAUUCCAAUAAAAGAAAAUUAUAUAUUUUUGUUCUAAAGUGUUAGCAAUUGCAUGGUGAAAAUGCGGUGGUAUUUGCUGGCUUUAGCGUGUGUGCUGGCGGUCUGCGCCGAGGAGAAGAAGGAAAAGGAUAAGGACAUUGGCACAGUGAUCGGUAUCGACUUGGGGACUACAUACUCAUGUGUGGGGGUGUACAAGAAUGGACGAGUAGAAAUCAUUGCCAAUGACCAGGGUAACCGCAUCACUCCAUCUUACGUAGCAUUUACUGCUGAUGGGGAACGUCUUAUUGGUGAUGCAGCCAAGAACCAGCUUACAACCAACCCUGAAAAUACAGUCUUUGAUGCCAAACGGUUGAUUGGUCGUGAAUGGACUGACACCACUGUCCAACAUGAUGUCAAAUUCUUCCCCUUUAAGGUUGUAGAAAAGAACAGCAAACCCCAUGUUUCUGUUAAAACAGCACAAGGUGAUAAGGUCUUUGCCCCUGAAGAAGUCUCUGCGAUGGUUUUAACCAAGAUGAAGGAAACUGCUGAAGCCUACCUCGGUAAAAAGGUUACCCAUGCUGUUGUCACUGUCCCAGCUUACUUCAACGAUGCUCAACGUCAAGCAACCAAAGAUGCUGGAGUGAUUGCUGGACUUAACGUUAUGAGAAUCAUCAAUGAGCCUACUGCUGCAGCUAUCGCCUAUGGUCUCGAUAAAAAGGAUGGUGAAAAGAAUGUUCUAGUAUUUGAUUUGGGUGGUGGUACUUUUGACGUAUCUCUUCUAACCAUUGAUAACGGUGUAUUUGAAGUAGUGGCGACUAACGGUGACACUCACUUGGGAGGUGAGGACUUUGACCAGAGAGUUAUGGAGCACUUCAUUAAGUUGUACAAGAAGAAGAAGGGUAAGGACAUCAGGAAAGACAACCGUGCUGUACAGAAACUCCGUCGUGAAGUUGAGAAGGCAAAGAGAGCUUUGUCAUCAAGCCACCAAGUCAAGAUUGAAAUUGAAUCAUUCUUUGAAGGUGAAGAUUUCUCUGAAACUCUUACCAGGGCUAAGUUUGAGGAAUUGAACAUGGACUUAUUCAGAUCUACUCUUAAACCUGUCCAAAAAGUGUUGGAGGAUGCUGAUAUGAACAAGAAGGAUGUUGAUGAAAUUGUGCUGGUUGGAGGGUCAACUCGUAUUCCGAAAGUGCAGCAAUUGGUUAAAGAAUUCUUCAAUGGGAAGGAGCCUUCUCGGGGCAUUAACCCUGAUGAAGCUGUUGCUUAUGGUGCUGCCGUACAAGCUGGUGUUCUAAGUGGAGAGCAAGAUACUGACGCGAUUGUGCUUCUUGAUGUCAACCCUCUUACUAUGGGUAUCGAAACCGUUGGAGGAGUCAUGACAAAGCUGAUCCCACGUAACACUGUCAUUCCCACAAAGAAAUCUCAGAUCUUCUCCACAGCAAGUGACAAUCAACACACAGUCACCAUUCAAGUUUAUGAAGGUGAACGUCCAAUGACGAAAGACAACCAUUUGCUUGGAAAGUUCGAUCUGACUGGAAUCCCACCAGCGCCUAGAGGAAUCCCGCAAAUUGAGGUGACAUUCGAAAUCGACGCCAACGGUAUCCUUCAAGUAUCUGCUGAGGACAAGGGAACAGGAAACAGGGAGAAGAUUGUUAUCACCAAUGAUCAGAACAGAUUAACGCCUGAGGAUAUUGAGAGGAUGAUCAAGGAUGCAGAGAAGUUUGCUGAUGAUGACAAAAAGUUGAAGGAGCGUGUGGAGUCGAGAAAUGAACUUGAAAGUUAUGCAUACUCAAUUAAGAACCAGCUUCAGGAUAAGGAGAAACUUGGUGCUAAGGUCUCUGAAGAAGAAAAGACCAAAAUGGAGGAAGCUAUUGACGCUGCAAUCAAAUGGUUAGAAGAUAACCAGGAAGCUGACUCUGAAGAAUACAAGAAACAAAAGAAGGCAGUAGAAGAUGUUGUUCAGCCAAUCAUCGCGAAGUUAUACCAAGGUCAAGGCGGAGUACCUCCUCCAGGUGGACCAGGAGACGAUGAUGAGUUUAAAGACGAGUUGUAACCAAACAGACUGUAAACAAAGUGAUCGUAGCCAAAUGUGAUCUCCACAUAGAUCACUACAGAUUACGUACAUUGUAUCACCAACACUGACCUAUGAGUAAGUUAUUGUGAUAAUCGCAAUGUUAUUGGCUAAAUCUAUGUUAAUCAUGUUAAAAAAAAAAAAUUUAGCUGAUAUUGCAGUGCCAGUCAAUGGGAUAGUGAUUAUUAAAUUAAUUUUCAAUGUUUAGUGCUUUGGUUGCAGAUUCAUAAUUGUGUUGAGUAAUAAAACUUUAACUAUUAAUAUCAAUACAUUCAGAACAUUUAACAUGUGAACCUUAUAUUCAUAAUAUAAUAUUUAAAACAAUAGUUUCCUAGCAGGAUCUUACUUACUUUCUUAGCUUUGUAUUUGGACCUUCAAAAUCUAUGCAAUUAUAAAUCAGAUAUUAAUUAUGUGCAGUGUACAUAAUCUGUGAAGAUACAUAACUUAGGAUACGAAGUGUUUUAAGAUCGUGUUGUGUAUUUAUUGGUGUGUAUGUAUGAGAAGUGUGUAUGGUGUAUGUAUGGAGUGUGGUGGUUCGGCAGGACUGAGUCAAACCUUGUCGAAGCUCUCGUGUUAAGUAUCUACAGAUAUGCCGACUAUCAAUUUGAGUUGACAGCAAAUGGCAAGACAGCCACUGAUUUGUUGGCAUAUCUGUAGGUGUUUUUAAUAAACCGCUGCACACACUUUGAUUGUAUGAAUGUUAAUUGUAUAAAUUGAUGCAUUUUUUAAUUGUAUUAAAAUCAAACUGUGAAUCGAGAUGUCUGAUUUGUGUUUAGUCUCGUGCCACUCUGAGACUACCUCAAUAAUGUAUAUUUAUUGAAUAAACUUCAUUCCCGAAUGUAAUAAUUGUUUUUUGAGACUGCUGAAUUGUUAGCUCUUAAUUAGCAGAGUAAUUUAAUUACACAGGCCAAAGGAAAAAGAUUAAUGGACUGUUGCAAAACAUGUUCCUAAAUGUAAAUUCAUAUGAUUCCUAAAUUAGAUCAAGUUCCGGCAAAGUCAGCUUUUUUUAAUCCAUGACAUUUUUAACAGCUGCUAUUGCAAAUCAAACAUUGUGUGCUGUAAAGUUGACAAUUAUUGUCAUUGUACGAACUAUGAAAAAUAAAAGAAUCAACAGGCCAUCUUUUUCGUUUAGUCUGUGUUUAAAGUAGUUAUAAUUAUUCGGAUAAAGUUAAGUACCAAGGUACAUAAAUAAAAAAAAAAUUCUAUGAA